AAAUUAAUUAUUUGUGAAAAUGAAUUACGAUCAUAUCAAAGCGAUGAUUAAUAAUAAACCGAUUAAAUUAAGGCUGGAAGAUGUUUAUAAGCCGCAAGUUCUUGAAGCUGAAGUCAGAAGAAUUUUUGAGAUUGACAGAGAAAAUUUUGAGUUGUUGAAAAAACUUUACGUCAUUUCUCAGACAAAAGGCAGAGUAGAUUGUUGGAGAAAAGUUCCUGAAGAAGAUGAACUUCAUAAUAGAUAUGAAGCUAAGAGACAAGAGUAUAUUAAAAUAGAUGAACAGAAUAAAGAAAUAUACGAUCGGCUUGAAAAAAUUUAUAACCGAAACAAAAUAGUUGACAAUAAAAAACGUAAAAAUAAAUCAAAACUUUAUAAGGUUAUCACGAAAUGUUUGAUGGCUGAGAAUUUAAAAACUUCAACAGAGUUAAUAAAUGUUAUAAAAAAUUUAAAACAGCGGCCGCGUUGUUACUUUGAGCUGCAAUUAGAAGAAUCAAAAUUAAUUUUGGGAAAAAUAAUAAUAGAAUUGUUCAAUGACGUUGUUCCUAAAACGUGCGGUAAUUUUUUGGCAUAUUGUUUAGGAACAAGAGAUGGAUUGUCUUAUAAAAACACACCAUUUCACAUAAUUAUUUACGGAUAUUUGUGUCAGGGAGGUGACGUAACUGAAUUAAAUGGUAGCGGAGGCGCCUCAAUUUACGGUGACUUUGAUAAUGAAAAUUUCAAAAUUAAACAUGAUGGCCCAGGAGUUGUUUCAACUUUGUAUGAUACUGAUAAGAGUGCAAAUGAUUCAAAAUUUAAUUUAACUUUUAAAAAGUUACAAGUGCUGGAUAAUAAAUCCGUCGUUUUUGGAAAAGUUGUCAGCGGUCUUUCAAAUAUAUACAAAAUCGAAGCAUGUGGAACUAGAAUUGGUAGACCUAAAAAAAAAAUAAUUAUUUCAAAUUGUGGAUUGUGUUAAUUUUUAUUUAACUCUGUAAUUAUAAAAUCACGAAAGUCGAGCUGAGUAUAAUUUAAACCAUAAA